GUCUCCUUUCCUACGCGGCUACGCCGGUCCGCCCACUGACUGUACGACAGCACUUCCGCCGCAGUUCACUUGCUCUCUGCCUCCUCUUCGCUCUUCUGCUCACAUAACCACGGCCGUCUCCCCAACGUGGUGCUCGCACCGCAGCCGCAAUGUCGUGGCUCCUUGUCGCCGCGGUGCUUGCCGGCUUCGCGCUUGGUCCCUCCGCCGGCACGGACCACAUCGUUGGGGCCAACCAUGGGUGGAACCCCAACAUCAACUACUCCCUCUGGUCCGGCAACCAGACCUUCUACGUCGGCGACCUCAUCUCGUUCCGGUAUCAGAAGGGGACGCAUAACGUGUUCGAGGUGAACGAGACGGGGUACGACAAUUGCACCAUGGCUGGGGUCGCCGGCAACUGGACCUCCGGCAAGGACUUCAUCCCACUCCCCGCCGCCCGCCGCUACUACUUUGUCUGCGGCAACGGCUUCUGCCUGCAAGGCAUGAAGGUCGCCAUCACUGUCCACCCGCUCCCGCACAACGCUACCUCCAAGGGCUCCAGCAGCCAUGCGGACACCGGCGCACAGGAAGAGGCCGCCGCGGCGGCGCUCGGGACCAGGAGCGCCGCGUGGCUGGCGACGCUCGCAGUCGCCGCAGCUGCAGUGGCUGCUUUCUGCUAGGAGCCUUAUUCCAUGCAUUCACUGAACAUUGUUCUAGUAUUUUUGUUU